CAGCAAAACCGCUCCACCAACUGCAGUUUGAGCAGCAAGCCAGCUCCACCUGCUCCCCCAGCAGUAUGAGCGCAAAGCCCUCCACCUGCGCCUACUCCACUUACUCCACCUCCAGUAGCAAACCCACCCCACCUGUACUUACUCCACCUCCAGUCGAAAAUCCAGCUCCACCGCUCCACCUCCAGCAGAAAACCCAGCUCCACCUACCCCACCUCCAGCAAAAAAUCCAGCCCCACCUACCCCACCCCAGCAGCAAACCCGGCUCCACCUGCCCCCACUCCACCUCCAUUGUAAAUCCAGCUCCACCUGCGCCCACCCCACCUCCAGUUGCAAACCCGGGCUCCACCUACUCCACCCCCAGUUGCAAUCCAGCUCCACCUGCUCCACCUCCAGCACAAAUCCACUCCCUUGCUGUCUGA